AACUUCUUUGAUUUUUGUCCUCUGCCUCCAUGCCAACCAAUUCAAGUUCCAUGUCACGGAAGAAUCUCCUCUCCCUCCAAGAUCGUUCCUUUUCCACUUCUCGUUGCUAAUCAGGCGCCAGAGGCUCGAGAUCCUACAAAAUUGCUUGAUGUUGCUAUUGUUGGAUUAGUAUUCCCAUCCAAAGGUUGCAUUUUUGUGGGGGGGAAGAGGCCGGAGGCUAGGCCGUCCAAUCGUCCCGGGACCUCGUCGGCAGAGUACCUUCUGCGCAAUGGGGAAGGUAGCGUUCGCGACGGCGGUGACUUGCGCCGCAGCGGCGUGCGCGGUGACGGCUCUCGUUGUGCGGCAGCGGAUGCAGAGCUCCGUCCGCUGGGCCCGCAUCGACGCGGUGAUGGCCCGCGUCGACGUGGUGAUGAGGGAGCUCGAGGAGAGGUGCGCCACAACCGUCGGGAAGCUGCGGCAGUUGGCGGAUGCGAUGGCAGUGGAGAUGCACGCCGGACUCGCAGCCGAGGGCGCGAGCAAGUUGAAGAUGCUUAUCAGCUACGUUGACAACCUUCCAACUGGGGACGAGGAGGGAUUGUUCUAUGCUUUGGACCUUGGAGGAACCAACUUCCGCGUCUUGCGCGUGCAACUUGGAGGCAAGGAGGGACGAAUCGUCAGGCAAGAAUUUGAGGAGGUUUCCAUUCCACCACAUCUCAUGAUCGGAGGCUCAGAUGAACUGUUUGAUUUCAUUGCUUCAGCUUUAGCAAGGUUCAUUGCAUCUGAAGGUGAAGAUUUUCACCUUCCUACUGGUAGGCAGAGGGAACUUGGAUUCACCUUUUCUUUUCCGGUGAGGCAAAUUUCUAUCGGAUCAGGCACUCUUGUUAAGUGGACAAAAGGUUUCAAUAUCGAUGCCACGGUUGGUGAAGAUGUGGUGGGAGAAUUGAGUAGGGCCAUGGAGAGACAAGGCCUUGAUAUGCGAGUGUCAGCUUUGGUUAAUGAUACUAUCGGAACAUUGGCCGGGGGAAGAUAUCACGAUAAAGAUGUAGUUGCUGCAGUGAUAUUGGGCACCGGCACAAAUGCUGCUUAUGUGGAACGAGUCGAGGCGAUACCUAAAUGGCAAGGACUCUUACCCAAAUCAGGAGAGACAGUUAUCAACAUGGAGUGGGGGAAUUUUAGGUCGUCUCACCUCCCUAUAACGGAAUACGAUCAAGCAUUAGAUGAUGAGAGCUUGAACCCGGGGGAACAGAUUUAUGAAAAAUUGGUCUCUGGAAUGUACUUGGGAGAGAUAUUCCGAAGAGUUCUCCUGAGAUUGGCUCGGGAAGCUGCACUCUUUGGAGAAACUGUGCCUGCAAAACUAGAAAUUCCAUUUUCACUAAGGACUCCGAUCAUGUCGGCUAUGCAUCAUGACAAAUCACCCGAUCUUACUGUUGUCAGUACUAAACUGAAUGAAGUAUUGGGGAUAUCAAACACCUCUCUCCAAACAAGAAAAGUGGUAGUCCGGAUAUGUGACAUUAUUGCGAAACGCAGUGCUCGUUUGGCUGCUGCUGGCAUAGUUGGCAUUGUGAAGAAGGUUGGCCGUGCCCGUGAUAAUGCAAGGGAGGGAGGAAGUCAGCUACCGAGGAUGGUUAUCGCCAUGGACGGCGGACUUUAUGAACAUUACAUGAUAUUCAGUGAGUCUGUGCAAUCCACCAUCAAGGAGAUACUCGGAGAAGAGGCCUCAGAUUCUGUUGUCAUCAAGAUGGCGAAUGAUGGGUCUGGCAUUGGAGCAGCUCUCCUUGCGGCCUCGCACUCUCAUUAUCUGGAGCUGGAACAGGACCUAUGAAGCUCUUAUGCCAAGAUGCUGUUCUUGUUUUGUUCGAAUCGAUUCUAUAAUAAUGGAGGAAGCCAUGACCUCCCGAAAUCCUCGCGCAAGGAAGAAGAGAAGAAACUAUACUGUAUUGCAGCCACUUAAUUUGUACAAUGCAACGCGAUUGCAUUGGUGUUUCAAGUUUUGUUUUGUUUUAUUGCUUCCAUGUGUUCGAUAAAUAAGGAUGGUGUUAUGACCUUUCUGGUUUUGUCGAUUGGUCAAAAUUUUCAGCUCCUUGUGCUAGAAAUCUCUCUGUGAAGGUGAUCGCUUUUACCAUCUGAUUCUGUGAAGGUGAUCGCUUUUACCA